AUGAAAGUAGAUAUUUCAAAAAUUAUUACUUUAUUUUAGCUAGUUAUCUGUAUUUUAGACUUGAUCAUUUGCCAAGAAGAGCAUGAUUAGCCUAUAAAAAGAGACCAAGUAGCUAAAAUCUUUUCUCUUCAUAAUACCUUAUUAGAUUUACACUUCGGUUAGCAGGUGAUUGUUCCCCUUAAUUUUUAAAACACGAAAUACAGCAUUUAAAAAAAUCAAGAAAAUGGAAUAUUGAUAGAUGAAUUAGAAUUUGUUUUGGUUGAAGUUAAAGUGGAUUCAAAUAAUCUUUAUUAGGUAUAUUAUAGAGAAGUAGGUUCUUUUGAAUAAGAGUAGUUCUAAAGUAUUGACGGAGUGCACUUUUUUAAAUUCAUAAAUCUGAAAAAUAGGACUAUUGAGAUAGUUUUAAGAAACAUAGAAUAUGAAAUCUAAUAUCAAAGCUUCUUAAGCAAAAAGAUAGACUUUCAUAAUGUUAACAGCAUAAUUCAAUUUUAAGUAGAAGUUAUUUCUUUAUAGUAAGUUGUCUGUCCAUUUGACUGCUUUGGAAAUGGUUCUUGUUAAUAAAAUGGAUAGUGUCUUUGUUAAGAAGGGUAUUCCUAAUAGUUCUACUGCUAGACUCAAAUAAAAGACUAAGCAGUAUAAUUUGAUAUUUAAACAAGGAUCUUUGAUUAAACUCAAACAAAUGAAAUUGAAUUAAUAAUGAAUGAAGACUGGGUAUUUUAGACAAUUAACGUAUUGUUUGAUUAAUACAUUUAAAAUUAAAUUGAAUCCAGUAUCUCCUCUCAUAUGAAGCCUUUAUCAGUGAGCAUCAUAAUAGAAUAUCAAAAAUAAGAUCAAUCCCCUAAUCAUAAAUUAAUCCUACUCGAUAUGAAUACAUCUUUUAGAAUCCUGUAGAAAGAAAAAACUCUAGGGAAUAGAUUUAUCACUACAAUAGAUGUUUUAUACUAAGAUUUUUAAGCAAAGUCUCUAUCUAAUAAUAAAAACUCAUAUCCAUUUAUUAUUGGUCAUAAAGGAUGUAAGUCUAUAGAUUUAGUUGUCAAAUUUAAUUAUCUAUCUUAGGCUGGAAUUUCAGAAAUAUUUACUUUGACUUUCGUGAUUAUUUUUUCUGUUAUCUUUGUGUAUAUUUUUGCAUUAAUCCUUAGAAGACGCAAACCAAGUUUCUUCUCGUAAGAUAUUUAAUCUAUAAUGUAGAUGAAUUUGGAUUAAAGUGAAAUACAAUUAAACAUAGAGUAAAUUAAUUAGUAAAUUCAAAGUUAAAUGCCAACUUUCCUUUAUACUUUGCCAACAAAUAAUAACUUAAAUGGUACUCAUUAUGAGUGCUUCAUUUGUUUAAAUAAAUACUAAGAUCUUGAUGAAUGCAGAAUGACUAAGUGUGGUCAUGUAUUCCACAAAAACUGUGUUGAUGCAUGGCUUUAAAAAAGCCUAGUUUGCCCUGUAGACAGAGUAAAUCUAUAAGUUAAAUGCUGA